AUGUAUCACUAUUCCAGUCCACCUCCCGGGUGGUCUGCUUACGAAUACACGACCUCGCCGCCAACCUCUCCUCACUACGUCUACUACUCGUCCCAGUACGCCAGCCCGCACGCCUCCCCGCGCGGACCGUCGAAACGACACAACCGCAAGGCUAGUUACGCCGGGCCCAGGGAGUCGGCAGGAUGGUUCUCGGGGUAUCAGUCGCAAAGUCACUAUGAGGCGAUGCCAGAAUAUGCGACGCCGCCGCGCAAGCACGAACAUGUAAGUGCUAGUUUCGGUGGCAAGAGGACGAAGUGUGCACCGCGUCGGUUCUCGACGUCGGGCACCCGGCCAUUCUAUGGCUGUGACUACUACGAUGAGGUCCGUCCGUCGCGUUCGCAGAAGCGGUCCAUCUUUGUGGAUGUGACCGACGAUGCGCGGGAAUACGUCUAUGUCGAGCCCUCCGGGGCCCGUCCGUCUCGGGGUUACUAUGACCCUGAGACGGACGACGACGACGAUGACUACUACCAGUCUUAUCGAUACUCUUCGUCUACAGGCAAGCCAAGACCAGCCACUGAUCAUUAUUACACUUAUCAGGUUCCCGUUUUCGACGAGACGGACACGCCGAGACGGUCACGGGCCCGCCGCGCAUCCACGUCGACACGCACUCCACAGAAGCCUAAACCAUCUGCUAGCUCCAAAUCGCCACCCAAGGCAACAGAGGAAGACGCGCGCAGGAAAGGGAUCCCGCCAGGCUAUUCCACUAAGAACUGGGAUCCGACGGAAGAGCCAAUCAUCCUGCUUGGUAGUGUCUUUGACGCCAACUCGCUAGGCAAAUGGAUUUACGACUGGACGGUGUUUCAUCUCGGAGCUGCAACGCCCAUGGCAGAAGUGGCAGGUGAUCUAUGGCUGUUGUUGAUCAAGUUGGCGGGCAAGAUGAAGAGAGCUGAGGAAUGCGUCGACCGGAUCUAUCGCCCAGACGCCCGUGAGAUGGUGGAGGACUUCAUCAAGAGUGGUGCGCGACUCUGGGCUCGGUUCGAACGGUUGCUGAAGUCCUGUGAACAUUUUAUGUGGAAGGCUGCCAAGCGCGAAGGUGGCAAGGGACCCAUGUCGAUGGGUCGGAAUGCUGGCUGCGAGUUUGUCGAUACGAUCUUUGGUCGCGAUCGCGAGCUGGAAAACACGGAGAAAUUGAUGAACAGUGUUCGUUUAUGGAACAUGCGGUUUGAUGCCAACUGUGAUGGUAUCCUCCGCAGACCGUCGACUGCUUAG